AUGGCAAUUUCACAAGGGCUUUUGCUCUGGCUUCUCAUUAAUAAUCUGGUAAGUGUUGCCAUAGCUCUAGUAUAAGUGCAUUUUAAAACCUAUGUUUGCAUGCAAUAUGAAGGUAAACGCUUGUCGUUUCGUUCGACUUUUAACAUUUUUGUUCCCUCUGUACUCACAGGAAAACAAUGUUCAUUUCCAACAAAAUCUUUGGAAGAGGUCACUCGAAAAUUACUCAACUGAGUCAUGUCCAAGCCAACUGGUAAGAGAUAAAUGGAAUUGGACAUGUCCUCCUGUAACUAUAUCACUUCAUUCUUCAAAUUCAUGUCAGACUAAAUGCUUGUUUGAUCUCAAUCUAUGUUUUGAUACUGUUUGUAGAACCGUGAGCUCAAUUCGUUCCUUUGGUUCAUGGAUCGAAAUCCACCAGUGUAUUUCUUCGGAACAAUACACGUACCAUACACUAAAGUGUGGGAUUACAUACCGUUGAACAGCAAGCAUGCGUUUAAAACAGCCAGUAAUGUCUAUUUUGAAUUAGACGCGACAGACCAGCAGAAUUUGAGGACCCUUGAACAGUGUAAGAGCUUGCCACAUGGCGUCAAAUUACGAGAUGUGUUGCCGACAAUAUUGUAUAAACGAAUAAAAACCCAUUUAUCUUACAUUCGAGGGAAAUUAUCAAAAUGGAUCACGUUUGAGCAACAGCUUAUGGGAGUAAACCCAUUACGGCUGUACAAACAAAUGACAAAAAACUGGCAUAAAAAUCGACCUAUAUGGAUCAUGCUGUUGCUCGACAAACUAACAGAGUACUAUGUGAAAUUGAUAGCACAGGGUCUGCCUGUUCUUGAUACAUACUUGAUGCGAGAGGCCCGUUUGAGCCACAAGAAAUUGGGUUCCAUUGAAACUAUGGAAGAACAGUGUGAAGUAUUAAACAAAAUUAACAACAGCAAG